AUGUCGGCUCAAGGAUCUGGCAAAGCGUCCUGGAAUUCCCAUGUUUGGGUUAAUACCCCAUCCGCGGAAAGAACAUUGCUCAUUGUGCAGUCGUUCUUUAUGCUCCUGCUACUGGUGGGAUUGCUCAUUGUGUCUGCUGGGAUUUACUUCUUGAAGAAAUCAAGAAGAGAUGCACUGAAGCCUAUGCCUGUGACAACCACACUGGCAGCUAUGUUUUUCAUGGCAGGAUCCCAAGCCAGUACAUUCGCGUAUAAUUCCGUCUCAUUUCGAGCCCACUAUGCCAAACAGACCUACAACGUUGCGCAGCUAAUUGGCGAAUUCUGCUCCUUUAUUUCAUAUUGUUUGCUUUUCCACGUAUUGUAUGCAAUUAUCCAUAUUUUUGCUGAGCGUGUCACAAAGGUCAGCACCAAAACCUUGUCGGCCUUCAAAUAUGUGCAUUGGGGGGCCGUGAGUCUCUUCGUGGUACUAUGCAUUGUUGACUGGGCCUACUACGUCGGCGCUAUUGACUCCGAGGUGAAAGAGAAGUCGAGCUUUGCCCAUCGGAUGGAUGUUUGGGAAAAGAUCGAUAGUGUACGUUGGGUCGUCUUCUGCGUAAGCGCAUGGGAGAUUGCAGGUUGGGCUAUCUUCCUGGGCCUCAUGACAUCACGUGAUUCAUCCUAUAUAAAGUUCAAGCAUUUAUUCCUAACAUUAGGCUAUCAGAUGUCGGCAUUCCUUUUCGUUGCCGCGAGCGGCUGUUUCCUUGGCCUCAAUUUUCUUUGGUUUGUUUGGGAUAUCCUCGCCUUCCUUCAAUCAUCAACCGUCGAUUUCAGUGAGAGCGUGACUGGACCUGGGAAAACUGCCCGACAAAUAGUGGUAUUCGUUUUCUUCCAAGGCUUUUCUCUCGGGCUUCUGCUAUGCUAUUGGCGAUUCCCAGCCCAAGAACACCAAAGGGAGGACCCUGAACUCGGUUCUGUCCGGAUAGACCGCACGGGACUAGUGCUUGCGGAGAUAGAGAGAAGCAAAAAGCCUUCUCGAUUUGUUGAGCAACUGACAAUGGAGAGUCCUGCAGAAGCAGAUUCGACGCCUUGCCUGAAAGAUCGGAGCACCCAGGCGGGUUGUUCUGAGCUCAUGGCAGAGUCGGAUUGGAAUAUGGAUAGGAAAGAAAGACUUUUCGAAGCCGAUAGCUCAAAACCUAUAUUGGAAGCCGACUCGAUUCAUGUAUCAAAAAAACAGUGA